AUGGCAUUAUCUCCAGACGCCCCCUGCCUCUCGGAGCUUUCCGGAUUCCCCAACAGGAACUUUAGUCUCAUCUCUGGUACCCGUCCGUGUAACCGGAGUACAGGCAGAUCUUCUUCUUCUUCUUCUUCUUCUUCUUCGCCCUACAGCCCGCAGGCGACCGCUGCCUUCGCCAUCGCCAUCACCUCCAUGAUGCUCCUCACCAUCGUGGGGAAUAUCCUCGUCAUCAUCGCCGUCCUGACGUCUCGUUCGCUCAGAGGUCCUCAGAACCUCUUCCUGGUGUCGCUGGCGGCGGCAGAUAUUCUGGUCGCGACGCUCAUCAUCCCGUUCUCGUUAGCCAACGAGCUGCAGGGCUACUGGGCGUUCAGCUCCGUGUGGUGUGAAAUCUACCUGGCGCUGGACGUCCUCUUCUGCACGUCCUCCAUUGUUCACCUGUGCGCGAUAGCACUGGACCGCUACCUGUCGAUAUCUCGCCCUGUGACGUACGGCGCCAAAAGAACCCCGACGCGAAUCAAAGCGGCCAUUAUUAUAGUCUGGCUGAUCUCUGCGGUCAUCUCUUUCCCACCUCUUCUCUCUCUGGACAAGAGCAAAGGAGGUGAAGAAGUCUGCGAGCUGAACAACGAGCGAUGGUAUAUUCUCUACUCCACUAUCGGGUCAUUCUUCGCCCCCUGUGUGAUUAUGAUCCUGGUUUACGUGCGGAUUUAUCAGAUUGCAAAGCAGCAUACUCGAAAUUCGGCAGGACAGAAGCAAAAGGCGACAACGGGAGAAAAUGCCAAUGAGAGUCCGGCGAAUAUAUCCGAGCAGAACGGGGAUCAAGGAGGCAGCCAACGGGAAAAAGUCCAAGCUAAAAUCUCUGGGUCUGAUUCAAACCAGUCGUCUUUUCGAAACCCUCCAGAGAAUACACCAAUCCAAGACACUUCAAUCGCCAAAAUCCCCCAAAUCCCUUCAGCUGUUCCCCAGAAAGAGUCCCAGAAACAUCAAGAGGAAGAAGAAGCAGCGUUCGAGAACUCGUCCAACUCUGGUUCUGAAAUGGCCGAUGAAGGCAAAGACGAAACGGACAAAUCGGAAACUUUAGGGUCGUCCCGAAAGAAAGGGUUCAAAGUCAAGAUGCUAAACUUGUCCUGUAGGUACAAAGAAACAAUGGCCACUUCUUCUUCUUCUGGCACCAAAGUUGUACCCGAGGAAAAGAUCCAAGGGACGCCGACUUCUCGCCGCAAAGCCAUGGCGAACCGGGAAAAACGCUUCACUUUCGUGUUGGCGGUGGUGAUGGGAGGCUUCGUUAUCUGCUGGUUCCCCUUCUUCUUCUCUUACUCUUUGAAGGCGGUGUGCCCGGAGACCUGCAGCAUCCCAUACCCUUUGUUUAAAUUCUUCUUCUGGAUCGGAUACUGCAACUCCUGCCUCAACCCGGUCAUUUACACCAUCUUCAACCACGACUUCAGGAAGGCCUUCAAGAGGAUACUGUGCAGGGACACCAAGGGCACGUUCUUCUAG